GAACAUGGCCGAAGUCGGCGAGGACAGCGGGGCCCGCGCCCUGCUGGCGCUGCGCUCGGCGCCCUGCAGCCCCGUGCUGUGCGCCGCCGCCGCCGCCGCCGCCGCCUUCCCCGCCGCCGCCGCCCCCGCGGCCCCCGCGCCGCCCGGGCCCGCCGCCCCGUCGCCGCCGCCGCCCGCCCAGCCCCCGCCGCCGCCGCCGCCGCCGCCGCCGCCGCCGCCGCUGCCGGGCGCGAUCGCGGGGGCCGCGGGGGCCGCGGGGGCCGCGGGGGGCGCGGCGGCGGGCCCGGGCGGCGCGGGGGCGGCGGGGGACGCCCUGGUGGCCGCGGCGGCCGCCUCGGUGCGCCGGAGCCCCGGGCCCGCGCUGGCGCGCCUCGAGGGCCGCGAGUUCGAGUUCCUCAUGCGGCAGCCCAGCGUCACCAUCGGCCGCAACUCGUCGCAGGGCUCGGUGGACCUGAGCAUGGGCCUGUCGAGCUUCAUCUCCCGGCGCCACCUGCAGCUCAGCUUCCAGGAGCCGCACUUCUAUCUGCGCUGCCUCGGCAAGAACGGAGUCUUCGUGGACGGGGCCUUCCAGCGGCGCGGCGCGCCCGCCCUGCAGCUGCCCAAACAGUGCACUUUUCGGUUCCCCAGCACGGCCAUAAAGAUCCAGUUCACAUCACUAUACCGUCAGGAGGAAGCCCCAGCGUCUCCCCUCCGGCCCCUCUACCCGCAGAUCUCCCCUCUGAAGAUUCACAUUCCGGAGCCGGAUCUCCGCAGCUUGGUCAGCCCCAUCCCGUCCCCAACUGGCACCAUCAGUGUUCCCAACUCCUGCCCGGCCAGUCCACGUGGAGCCGGGUCAUCUGGUUACCGCUUUGUUCAGAAUGUGACCUCAGACCUGCAGCUGGCAGCAGAGUUUGCAGCAAAGGCCGCCUCAGAGCAGCAGGCAGACACGUCUGGAGGGGACAGCCCUAAGGACGAGUCGAAGCCACCGUACUCCUACGCUCAGCUGAUUGUGCAGGCCAUCUCGUCCGCGCAGGACAGGCAGCUAACACUAAGCGGGAUCUACGCCCACAUCACCAAGCAUUACCCUUACUAUCGGACAGCUGACAAAGGCUGGCAGAAUUCGAUCCGACACAACCUCUCCUUGAACCGUUACUUUAUUAAAGUCCCUCGUUCCCAGGAGGAGCCUGGGAAGGGGUCUUUUUGGCGAAUAGACCCUGCCUCAGAAGCUAAGCUCGUGGAACAGGCAUUCCGAAAACGGAGGCAGAGGGGUGUCUCCUGCUUCCGCACCCCCUUUGGGCCUCUGUCGUCCAGGAGUGCUCCAGCUUCACCCACUCACCCUGGGCUAAUGUCCCCUCGUUCUAGUGGCCUGCAGACCCCAGAGUGCCUGUCUCGAGAGGGCUCACCCAUUCCACACGACCCUGACUUUGGGUCAAAGUUAGCUUCUGUUCCAGAGUAUCGGUAUUCCCAAAGUGCACCUGGCUCUCCGGUCAGUGCCCAACCGGUGAUCAUGGCUGUGCCUCCUCGACCGCCCAGCUUGGUGGCGAAGCCCGUGGCCUACAUGCCAGCAUCCAUAGUGACAGCACAGCAGCCAGCAGGCCACGCCAUCCAUGUCGUGCAGCAGGCUCCCCCUGUCACCAUGCUCAGGGUGGUCACCACCUCUGCCAACUCUGCCAAUGGGUACAUCCUCGCCAGCCAGGCCUCAGCAGGGGCUGCCCAUGAAGCAGCGGGCACAGCUGUGCUGGACCUGGGCAGUGAGGCCAGAGGCCUGGAAGAGAAGCCCACCAUCGCGUUCGCCACCAUCCCUGCCGCCAGCCGCGUCAUCCAGACCGUGGCCAGCCAGAUGGCCCCAGGGGUCCCUGGACAUACGGUCACCAUUCUGCAGCCGGCCACACCAGUGACCAUUGGGCAGCACCACCUCCCUGUCCGGGCCGUCACUCAAAACGGGAAGCAUGCGGUCCCCACGAACAGUUUAGCUGGCAGCACGUACGCCCUCACGAGCCCCUUGCAGCUCCUGGCGGCCCAGGCUAGUUCAUCCACGCCAGUGGUGGUCACACGGGUGUGCGAGGUGGGGCCUGAGGAGCCGGCAGCGGCAGCCGCCACCCCAGCAACCCCAGCCACAGCUGCCACCUCUGCCUCUUCCACCGGGGAGCCCGAGGUCAAAAGGUCGCGUGUGGAGGAGCCCAGUGGGACUGUGACGGCGCAGGCCGGGGUGAUUGCAGCUGCCGGCCCGCAGGGACCGGGAACCGGGGAGUGAAGUCGCCUGCGAGUGGGCCGAGUGGGAUGCUCGCCAAAAGGGAUUCUGGAGCCAGGCCCUGACCGCUGGCCUCCUGCCACCUGGGGACCGCAACGAGGAGGCUCCAUGCUGACCUGCGCACGUGCCAAGCGGACAGGACGGCCUCCACCUGCCUGCACCCGGACACACUCGUCCUCCUUGUUCUGUCUCCUGCCCCUGCUGUGGUUUAAAACAAAACACAUAAACAAGUUCAGACAGCUGAUUGUAUGAUUCA